AUGGGUCGAUUUAUUUCAACAUUUGCAUUUUUGCAUAUAUUAACAUUUGCAAUUGGUAAAGCGCCUGAAAAUAAAACUAUAGCAAGUUAUGAUCCAAGUGAAUUGCUAGCACAAAUUUUUAAUCACAAUGAUUCCAUCCCUCGAGCUCGAUUUGGUUCAGUACAAUUUGAAGGUGACAAUGUUGACGACAAUGAUCACUUCUAUAAAGGGACUGUGAAGUUUAAAGAUGACUCAAACAUUAAUUAUUCUGAAGACAGCUCUGAUCAAAACGUACAAAACAGUUUUGUUAAUUUUCAAGAUUAUAAUAAAGAAAAUUCAAAAAAAAGGCGACGCAGGAGAAGGAAACCUAAACAGCAAUAUUACGGCCUACAAAACCUACCUAUACGACCUGAUUUAGCGCAGAAUAAUGGUAUACCGAAUUCUGGUUUUGGAGAGCAUUAUUAUAGACCACCACGACCUAGACCUUCUAUAGCAUCUGACGCUCUAUCAGCUGUAGCAGAUGCAUUAACUUCCAUAGCGUUGUAUGACGAUCAACAGUGUGUAUCGCGACUUUUAUGCGAAGCAGCAGGUGGAGGAGGUUUGGGCAGCUCGGGAAUCUUACAGACGCUGACGGGAAUACAGCCAUUGUUAACACUACUGUCGGCUUAUAAUGGUAUAAGUUCGAAUCCACUUUUUGUAUUUGGACGGGCCGUUUUUCUGGGGAUGUCAUCGAACGGUAACACGGCCUCCUGUCGUUACGCGUAUCCCUUAUGUCCUACUGAUCCGGAACAGCUUGUCUAUUAUCUAAAUAACCAUAAUGGAGGUUUCUUCAGGUUCUUUAACUCACCUCAGCAAGGGCAGCAGAAUGUUGAACAGUUUUAUAACCAACUUACGCAGAACUAUGGUCUCUAUCAACAAGGUCAACCACAAAAUUAUGGAUUUUAUAAUCCUAACCCUGCUCAAAAUUAUGGUUUUCAUAAACCUAAUCUUUAUCAAGGCCAUAAACAAGGUCUUCAACAGAACUACGGUUUGGCUUUUCCUUAUGGAAAUAAUAAUAUUCGAUUUAAAAACUCUCAUAAUCUCGAAAUAUCAAAAGAUACAGAUAAAGUCCAACGACGUAUACAAAAUAACCCAAUAUCACAAGACUUCGUUCAUUCCGGAGAUUUUAAUACGAAAUGGAUGUUUCCAGAAACUGUUGAGAAUAGUAACACGUACUAUGUUAAUAAUGAUUUAUAUAAAUAUAAAGAUUUUUAUGAAGAUAAUGUUAAUUCCGGUAGAGAUGUUAAUGUGUUAAAAUUUCCUGAUAGUAAUCAAGACAGUGUAACGGAAAUACAAGGAUAUGAUAGAAAAAUAAGAGGCUUUACAUUUCCUGAAAGCAGCAACAAAAAGAGGGUUUCACGUUUCGACAAUGUCGAAUUGUCUGCAAUGUCGGAAAUGUCUAUUUACAUGUGA